AGAAGUUAAUGCUCCUUUAUUGCAUGUCCUGAUAAGAUGAAACGAUUUCUGCAGCGUUGAUGGGGUUUUCUUCUUUCCAACUGUGUUGCAGGCCUAGAGUGGUACUUUCCGUGAUGUGUUCUGGGAUUUUCUUGGGUUGCUGUUUGGUUCAGAGCAAGAAAAUUUGAGGGGUGCUUCUUUUUCUGGGUGUUGGAUUUUGAUUUUUGAGUGAUUUUGGAAAUGGGGUUUCUCAGUACCAUUUUGGGUGUUUUCGGGUUUGGAAUUGGAACUUCAAUUGGGCUCGUGAUUGGGUACUACAUGUUCAUCUACUUCCUUCCUACUCAUGUUGAGGGUCCUACAAUUUGUCCUUUGGUUGAGCAAGACUCACAAACUUUACAGCGCAUGCUUCCUGAGAUUCCCUUGUGGGUGAAAAAUCCAGAUUUUGACCGAGUUGACUGGCUCAACCAAUUCAUUGGUUAUAUGUGGCCUUACCUGGAUAAGGCAAUUUGCACAACCGCCCAGAAUAUAGCAAAACCGAUUAUUGCUGAGAAAAUUCCCAAGUAUAAAAUUCAGUCAGUUGAAUUUGAAACACUUACCUUGGGUUCCCUGCCACCAACUUUCCAAGGAAUGAAAGUUUAUACCACCGAUGAGAAGGAAAUUAUUAUGGAACCAGCACUUAGGUGGGCUGGAAACCCCAACAUCAUUGUUGCAGUAAAAGCAUUUGGGGUGAAAGCCACUGUUCAGGUUGUUGAUUUGCAAGUAUUUGCUUCUCCACGAAUCACCCUGAAGCCUUUGGUUCCCGCCUUUCCUUGUUUUGCUAAGAUAUGUGUUUCUCUCAUGGAGAAGCCCCAUGUUGACUUUGGACUGAAGCUGCUUGGGGCAGAUGCAAUGUCCAUUCCUGGUCUGUACAGGUUCGUCCAGGAGCUCAUAAAGGAGCAAGUUGCAAAUAUGUACCUGUGGCCUAAAACCCUAGAAGUAACAAUAAUGGAUCCUUCAAAAGCCAUAAAAAAACCCGUUGGAAUUCUCAAUGUUAAAGUUCUUAGAGCAAUGAAGCUUAAAAGGAAAGAUCUCAUUGGGUCGUCAGACCCUUAUAUUAAAUUAAGAUUGACGGAGGAUAAGGUUGCUACAACAAAGAAAACUACCGUGAAACACAACAACUUGAACCCUGAAUGGAAUGAGGAAUUUCGUUUGGUGGUUAAAGACCCAGAAACUCAGACCUUGGAGCUUGUCCUGUAUGACUGGGAACAGGUUGGCAACCAUAACAAGAUGGGCAUGAACAUAAUUCCACUGAAAGAUAUUACGCCUGAGGAGCCAAAAGUUUUUACUCUUGAUGUCUUGAAAAAUAUGGACCCAAAUGAUGCACAAAACGAGAAGUCACGCGGGCAUAUUGUUGUGGAAGUUGAAUACAAGCCUUUUGCAGAUGAUCAGAUACCAGAUGAUGUUGAAGAUUCAAAUAAGGUAGAGAAAGCUCCUGAAGGAACACCAGCUAGUGGAGGUUUGCUUGUGGUAAUCAUCCAUGAAGCUGAGGAUGUUGAAGGGAAGUACCACACAAAUCCACAUGUGCGGCUUCUAUUCAGAGGGGAGGAGAAGAAAACAAAGCGUGUAAAGAAAAACAGAGAUCCGAGAUGGGAAGAGGAGUACCAAUUCACGCUAGACGAGCCACCCAUCAACGACAAACUUCAUGUUGAAGUAAUCAGUACUUCCUCGAGGAUGGGACUGCUGCAUCCCAAGGAAAAUCUGGGUUAUGUUCUUAUUAGCCUAGCUGAUGUGGUUAACAACAAAAGAAUCAAUGAAAAGUACCAUCUCAUUGAUUCAAAGAACGGCAAGAUCCAAAUCGAGCUGCAAUGGAGAACUUCAUCAUAAAUCUGAGAUGUUUUCUGUAGGUAGAAAAACCAUGCAAAAGUUCUAUGGUACGUUGUUUCCCCAACUAUUUGUACUUGGUAUUAUUUAAGAGAAAGAAAUUCCUGUAAAUCUGAACAUUUUUCAAUCACACUUAGGCAGGUUUGGUAUCAUGAAAUUGAUUUUAUUGAGAAUGGAACCGGAAUGUCUUGGUCUCUCGCCUCUGGGCUGGCCGUCCAGUCCUGGGUCGGCUUGACCCGUUUGACA